GUCUACUGCAGCCAUCAACAUGAAGCUGAAUCCAUUUGUGACAUCCUCGAGGCGUAAGAACCGCAAGAGGCACUUCAAUGCCCCCUCACACAUCCGGAGGAAGAUCAUGUCCUCCCCUCUCUCCAAGGAGCUCCGUCAGAAGUACAAUGCGAGGUCCAUGCCCAUCCGUAAGGACGACGAGGUCCAGGUAAAGACCCCAUAACCACGCUGUUUCACCAGACUUUAAACUAAUUCUGAGGUUGGCUUACUAGUUGCUACUAAUGUGCGUGAGGAGUACAUAACUCCAGCCCUGUAAUUACAGGUCAGCCCAGAACUAACACCAUGAGUUCAAACCAGUACAAAUUAACGUUAAGAUUUGUCACGUGGGUGAUGUCAUCUUUAAUGAUAUUUUCCAUGUUUGUGCUGUGCAGGUUGUCCGUGGACACUACAAAGGCCAGCAGAUUGGCAAGGUAGUGCAGGUCUACAGGAAGAAGUAUGUAAUCUACAUUGAGCGCGUGCAGAGAGAGAAGGCCAACGGAACCACCGUGCACGUCGGCAUCCACCCGAGCAAGGUGAGGCUCUAACGUCUCCCUGUAGUCACACACGUGUACUUUUUUGUUUAUGCAUAAUGUGUAUAGCUGUAUUAUACAUGACGUAUGUACCAUGUUUGAUAAUGAUAGUUUGUCUCAACUCAAUUUGAGUGGUCCACAAUGUUUUUUUUUUUUUUAAAUCAGUAUUUUCUAUUGUAUCGUUGUGGAGCGACGCAUAACAAAUCUCACUCUAACACAUCUAAAGAACUACCAUGCUCAGCAGCUACCUGUUGGUGAUGCAUACAUGUAGGAAUUUCUACAUGCAGGUUUAUCAGUGUGUCCAAGCUCAGUGGUCACCACACCUGGGUCACGUUCAGUUUGUGCAAUUGGGAGAUAAUAAUAAAAAAAACAUUACAAAAUUGCAUAUUUCUGCUGGAAAUGCCAUGGUAAUACACCUGUUUCUAGAUGUUUUCUCAUGCCCUCUGACUUUCUCCAAUGCACUUUGACAAGGAGGUGUGGAAUCAAGGAACGAUUCAUUGAGUUCAAAUGUUUCGGUAGGGUGCCUGGUGAGGGUAAACUGAGUGAAUGUACAGUUAUUUGCCAUUCACCACUGGUUUCAGCCUUCAGAUGUCAUGGCAAUGGGUGUUUUUCUGUUACGAAGGAAGAUUAGUUGACUAGUCAGCCUUACUGUAAGUCACUGGAUAUCUUGGCUGAUUUGAACAUGUCGUAUGGCAGCAGGCACCUCAUGUAUGUUAGGCCUACUGUAGCUUAGUUGGUAGAGCAUGGCGCUUGCAACGCCAGGGUUGUGGGUUCGAUUCCCACGGGGGGCCAGUAUGAAAAAUGUAUGCACUCACUAACUGUAAGUCGCUCUGGAUAAGAGCAUCUGCUAAAUGACUAAAAUGUCAAUAAUGUAUACUUUGUACUGGGGAAGAAACAUUGACUACCUGCUAGUGCUCCACUUACUGCAUUUACUGCAGUUACCUGACAUGUAAGCCAUUGCCUAGGAUCAAUGUUCAAGUGUGAGACUGAAGAAAAGGUUUUAGUCUAGGUUACUUGUUUGUGAUGGUCAAUGCAUUCCUACUUUACUCCAGCCAGUCUUGGACAUCAGUGAUAUUACUAGUAGUAAUACAUUUGAUAUGGUUCCCCCAGUCUUUUGUAGAAUUAGAGGGCUCUUCUCAUUUGUCUAAUAGAAUGGCUCUCCAUGUUAUGUCUGGACAUGAUUUUGUCAUUUCUGAUUGGGAUUGCAUGCGGAAUUGCACAUGAUGUCCACUGUUUUGCAGAAACUCACAAUUUAGCUUCUCAAGCCUGGCCUGCUUCUGGUGUAGCUAGACUAGUAUUGUGGCUGAGAAGUGUUUCUUCAUGAAGAGGAAUUCAGUUUGUUUCAUUAAUCCGUUUUUUUCACCACACUGUUUUUAUGGAAGUCGACCUAGAACCAAUCCUCCUCCUGCUCUAAAUGAUUGUGCCAAUCACAUCUCUCCUUUCCCUCUUCCCUGCCAGGUCGUGAUCACCAGGCUAAAGCUGGACAAGGAUCGCAAAAAGAUCCUGGAGCGUAAAGCCAAGUCCCGCGCUGACGGAAAGGAGAAGGGCAAAUACAAGGAGGAAACCAUUGAGAAGAUGGCAGAGUGAAAAUCUAUUGGUUACAAUAAACUGUU